ACGGUAGAGUCCAAACAGAAGUGGUUUAAAGGGAAGAAACGCAAAAAUCUCAACGAAAAAACCACACACGAAUCUCAAAAAACAAAAGAAAAAAAUAUAAGGAAUAAUCAGGACCAGGCCCGGCUGAAAAUUCGGUUGUCCGGCAUUGCAUACGACGUCGGUGGUGAAGGAGGUGGCGGCCACGUGACAUCCAUUGCGACGGCGACAAUGGCGGCGAUGAAACGCGCCACUAGCAGCGUUUUCACUCGUAGCAGUCGGCCGGUGAGUAGUGCGUAGCACGCUUCGGAGGCCAUGCAAGCGGGUGGCGUGGCGGCGGCUCCAGCGCCGGCACCACCUAAUGGGUACGGAACUCAGCAGCAACAGCAGCAACAGAUAUUGUUGCAGCAGCACCACCAACAGCAGUUGUCCAACAACUCGCCGGCGUCGACGGCAGCCACCGGCACGGCCACCACCAACAAGAUACUGAUAAACGGCGGCCGGUUUGACUUCGACGAYGGUGGCACGUACUGCGGUGGCUGGGAGGAUGGCAAGGCUCACGGGCACGGAGUGUGCACCGGUCCUAAGGGCCAGGGUGCGUACUCGGGAUCAUGGCACUACGGGUUCGAGGUGUCCGGCGUCUACAUGUGGCCCAGCGGUAACACUUUCGAGGGCCAAUGGCAGAACGGCAAGAGACACGGGUUGGGCGUUGAGUCACGGGGUCGGUGGCUGUACAGAGGAGAAUGGACACAAGGUUUCAAGGGCCGGUAUGGGGUCAGACAGUCUGCCACGACCAACGCCAAGUACGAGGGAACUUGGGCCAACGGUCUGCAAGACGGCUACGGGUCGGAGACGUAUGCCGACGGUGGGACGUUUCAAGGACAAUGGAUGCGUGGCAUGAGACACGGAUAUGGCGUCCGGACCAGUGCUCGGUUCGGGAUGGCAUCUCAUUCCAAACCAAACAAAUCGGAUAUCCAGAAUUCUCUGUCGUCGUUGGGUAGCGAUGACGCUCACAACAAGGUAGGCAGCGCGUCCGAAGACCAGGUAAUCGGUAGCGAGGGUCGUGACAAGAAGUUGGACGACACCCGCGGCGGKUUCGUGUUGAAAGCCAACAGCGACGAGCAGCCGAGCAAACACAAGACGCUGGUUUCCAAGUCCACCCACAGUCUCAAGAGGACAUUUAUGUCUGGUUUCAAAAUGCGAAAACAGAGAAGCACUGGCGAGCUGGAGAAGAAAGUGUCGGGGAGCAUCAGGAGCACAGCAUCAUGUACGUCAUGGAUCAGCACUGGAUCGUCUCAGUCCGCGAUGGGAGAGUCCUACAAUACAGACUCUAACGCCAGUUUCAUCGUUGAGGAUGAGCACAUGGACGUGAACACGACAGAAACGUACGUGGGCGAGUGGAAGAACGACAAGAGAUCCGGAUACGGGAUAGCUGAGAGGACAGAUGGGCUAAAGUAUGAAGGUGAAUGGUUCGCCAAUAAGAAAUAUGGUUACGGAGUGACCACGUUCAAGGACGGCACGAAGGAGGAGGGAAAGUACAAAAACAACGUGUUGGUGACUUCUCAAAAGAAAAAACACUAUUUCCUGAUGAGAUCCGCCAAGCUCAAGGAACGUAUCGAGGCCUCCGUGAAUGCGGCACAUAGAGCAUCGAAAAUCGCAUUGCAAAAAGCAGACAUAGCAAUAUCUCGGAUGGCCACAGCGAGGGGAAAAGCGGAACUGUCUGACAUCGCAGCGGACCACGCUCGAGAGGAUUAUGAAAUUGCGAAACUCACAGCCAAACAAUUUGCACCAGAUUUCAUUCAACCAGGACUGGAAAAGACCAGACUUCGGGAGAUUUUGAAACAGCGCAUGUCAAUUGACCAAAAACAAAUAUUACAGCCGUUAAUGCCUUCGCCUAAUCCAGUCGGACCGGCAUCGUCGGUGGACGCAGCGGACGCCUCGUCCCUGUCAUUGUCGACCAACAACUUAUUGAACUCAACCACCGGCGGUCAGCAGGAUGCAGCCGAGACUACUCCACAGUUUAGACCCAGGUCGCACUAUGCGCAACCUUAUUACCAAUCGACUGGUAGCAACCAUCUUAAUCAGCAGCAGCAGCAGCAGCAGCAGCAGCCUGGUGGCGUUAAUUCACAGAGUUCUGUGGGCCAGUCGUACCCGCGAAACAGCCUUACGCCGGAAAUGAGACAGAACUCGACGAACAACCAUAACCCAACGCACCAUCAUCAGCAGCAGAACCACGGUUACAACCAGAGUAGUGGUGGGUCUUCGGCCCCACCACCUCCACCGCCGAGCCGAACGAACAACAAUGGCCUCGGUGACCAGUACCCAGGUAACGCACAGAACAGCAUGUACGGCGCCGGGCCCAGACGGCCAUACGGACAGAACGGCACUGGCGGCGGUGGCACAGCUGGAGGGAGCGGUGGAGGACCACCGACAGCCCGCCAGAGCGUCGUCGACAGGGCGUCGUUUUCACAGAAUCGCAUGUCGUCGUCGUCGCACGCCCCCUACCCCCGUGGACAUGAUGACGUCAGUGGUGGAGGUGGAGGCGGCACCGGCUCGCCACGCCACGACAGUCUCAGCAGACCGAAUCGUCACAACCAAUACGAAGUGGGCGUCGAAGACGACACCGAUCCUUCGCUGCUGAGACGAAACACAAAAUACGUCAACAGGGAGUCACUGUACUCAUUUCAACAGGCAAUGAGCGACCACUUUGACCAUUACAAGAGACCACCGAGCCGGGAUAAUAGUGUGGACCGGUACAGUCGGGCAGCUAGUCGACUCAGUGGAGGGUCGAGACAGUCAUCUGUGGAAAAGUCACAGAAUCAGCAGCAACAGAGAAGAGGAGGAGACGAUCGACUUCUAUCCCCAUCGUCUUCGGCAGCGGACAAAUCAUUCAAUGGUGCUUCAGGCUUCACUGCAGCGUCGGCAGCCGGAGCAAAGCAAAAUACCUCGUUAUCGUCCGCCACGCAGCGUCAACCGCCGCCGUUCGAGGAUAUCAUACUCAGACAACGGAACCUCGGGCAAGAGAUUGUUCCAUCACCUAUCGGGCAACCCAAGCGCACGGAGUCGUUGUAUGUGAACCCGAAUACUGCACGCAAAGAGAUCAAACCCAAAGAAAUUCCAGUCCAGAUGGCACUGCAGCGCAAAAAGAGUCUGCCGGACGUGCAAGUGCCACUGAACGCUCCGGCUUCGAUCACCCGGGAAGAAGUAUCCGUGUUGAGUUCGGCAAGGAGGGAGGAAAUGCGCAGGGUGGAAGAAGAAAACGAACGGCUCCGAGCCAACCCACUGCUCUACCUAGUCAGUCCGCACAUGAAGGAUUGGUUUACGAGGCAACAGUUGGUGUUGGUUAUAUUGAUCGUCAACAUAUCGUUGGCACUGAUGUUUUUUAAACUUUUGACAUCCUAGACGCGGCGCCGGUGGUGAACGGCUGGGACACUUCCCGCAGCCAUAUCAUAUGAAAAUAGAAAAACAAAAUAUACAUUUAUUAUAUUUUUCAUACAUGAUAAUAUUAUGUUGCGUUAAUUCACGGCGGUGACAAAUUGAUUGUUAUUGCCCGUCAACAUUAAUUAUUAUUUUUUUUUAAAACGACCGUUUCGGGACGAGACGGCUCGAAGCGGCACCGGACGUCUCGUCCGGAAAACGUUUCGAUACGUUUAUUUAUUCGUUUCAAUCACUUUUGGCAAUGUCAUAAACAAUAAAUUACAAUACACACGCAUAUAUAUAUAUAUAUAUAUAUAUAUAUUAUAUAAAUAUAUACACAUACAUAUAACACCAUAUUGUUUGUUGUACGGCGUUAUUUCCGAAUAAAUCGAUUUAUUAUUAUUAUAUACAGGUAGUGACACGAUGUGACGUCGAACAACUCGACGACGGUGUCUUAUAAUAUUAUUAUAUAAGAUUUGAGUCGAAAUCGAUUGGCUUUUAUUUCGGUAUAAUAUAAUAUUAUUAUUUUGUUAGUGAAUAUAUUAUAGUGCAUUUGAUUUUUUUUCGUUCUCUAGAUGUUGUUGGUGUUUUAUUAUGUUUUUUUUUUUGUUUACCGCAUAAAUAGUAUACGAUGACCAAGAAAAUAUAGCCAAUAUUAUCGUUAUGAUUAUUGUUAUUACUAUUAUUAUUAUUAUUAUUUUUAUCAAUAUCAAUAUCAUUAUUUUAUCAGUAUAAUGAAACACGAAACAGACACGAUAAUUAAUUUGUAAUCUUUAUCGAAAUACACAAUAUUAUAUUAUAAUUUUAUGUAAUUUAAUUAGUACUGGUAACAAACCACACACAAGCACACAUACGUAAUACACACGACUUUAAUACAUAGACUUUUGUUGUUGUAUGUUCUACAUUAUUAUUAUGAUAUUGUAUGUAUAAUUUCUGUACCUAGUAUGUUGUUUUUAUUUUAUUAUGUUUCACGAGAUGAGCAUCAUCAACAACAAAAAAAAAUAAUUAGGUAAUACAAAAGGAGAAGGAAAAAGAACRUCACAGAGACGUCAAUGCAGUUGUUAUAUUGUUAUUAUAAAUAUUAUAAUUUUAUAAUUUUCAUAUUUUUGUGUGUGCACGUAAUAAUAAAAUGUGCGUACUAACACCGUACAGACGACAAACGAAA